CACGUGGCCCUGCCUGGGGGAAAAUGGCGGUGCAAGUGGAGGUGCGGCUGGCGCGCUGUGGGGUCUGAGUGUCCCACCCCGGAGCUCUCGCGACCGUGACGAUGGCGGAGCCCACGUGGAGGGACUCGCGUGGGCGCCUGGCCGAGCUCCCCGAAGACCUCUCCUCACAGGAGGAGGAAGAGGAGGAGGAGGACGACUCCGACGCCGGGGCCAGCGGCUGGGGCUCCUGCUCCUCAGCCAGCAGCGACACUGACCUGGAGCCUGAGUGGCUGGACAGCGUGCAGAGGAACGGAGAACUGUUUUACCUGGAGCUGAGUGAGGGUGAGGAGGAGAGCCUCCUUCCGGAGAGCCAGGCUGUGAGCCAUGUGAACCACGUGAGGUUCAGUGAGAAGGAGGUCAUCAUCGAAGAGGACGAUUCCAGAGAGAGAAAGAAGUAUGAACCCAAGCUCAAGCGCUUCACCAAGAUCUUGAAAAGCAAAAGACUUCUGCCAAAGCGCUGCCACAAAAAGGACAGCAGCGACCACGGGCCAGUGUCCAUCCUGAAGCACCAGUCCAACCAGAGGCCUGGAGUCACCGUGCAACAGCGGUACAAGGAUGUGACUGUCUAUAUCAACCCCAAAAGGCUCACUGUCACCAAAGCCAGGGAGCAGCUCAAACUCCUGGAGGUGCUGGUGGGAAUCAUCCAUCAGACCAAGUGGAGCUGGAGACGGGGCGGGAAGCAGGCGGACGGAGAGAGGCUCGUGGUGCACGGCCUGCUGCCCGGAGGCUCUGCCAUGAAGAGCGGACAGGUUCUGGUCGGCGAUGUCCUUGUUGCUGUGAAUGAUGUAGAUGUGACUUCUGAAAACAUAGAGAGAGUUCUGUCUUGCAUCCCCGGCCCAAUGCAGGUGAAGCUGACAUUUGAAAAUGCAUAUGCUGUGAGAAAGGAAACGGCCCAACCAAAAAAGAAAAAGACGCAGUCGAGCACGAACGACUUGGUGAAACUCCUCUGCGGGUUAGAGGCUGAGGGUGGCCAGCACAGUGCCCUGGGUACCCCACACAUCACCAUGUACCUCACGCUGCAGAUCCAGUCAGAGGCAGCCCGGGAGGAGCAGGAAAUUCUUUACCAUUACCCAGCGUCAGAAGCAUCUCAGAAGCUCAAGAGCGUGAGGGGGAUUUUUCUCACACUCUGUGACAUGUUGGAAACCGUAACUGGGACACAAGUCACUAGCUCAUCCCUCCAUUUAAAUGGGAAACAAAUUCAUGUUGCUUACUUGAAAGAAUCUGACAAGUUGUUGUUAAUUGGCCUGCCUGCUGAAGAAGUUCCUCUUCCUAAGCUAAGGAACAUGAUUGAAGAUGCCGCCCAAACCCUAACGUUCAUGUACGGUUCUUUAGACAGUGCCUUUUGCCAGGUGGAGAACACUCCUCGCUUGGAUCAUUUCUUCAGCUUGUUCUUUCAACGAGCUCUUCAGCCUGAUAAAUUACAUCUCAGCGCCAGCCCCAGUGCUCAACAGUAUGAUGCAGCCAGUGCCGUGCUUUUGGACAACCUCCCGGGAGUCCGUUGGCUCACACUUCCACAGGAACUCAAGGUGGAGCUGGACACAGCGUUGAGUGACCUUGAGGCCGCAGACUUUGCAGAACUGUCUGAGGACUACUAUGACAUGAGACGGCUGUACACAAUUUUGGGGUCUUCUCUGUUUUACAAGGGUUAUCUGGUGUGCAGCCAUCUACCUAAGGAUGAUGUUGUGGAGAUCGCUGCGUACUGUCGCCAGUACUGCCUGCUGCCUUUAGCAGCAAAGCAAAGAAUUGGCCAGCUGAUAAUAUGGAGAGAGGUGUUCCCACGGCACCACCUCCAGCCUCCCUCAGACUCAGACACUGAUGUGUUUCAGGAACCUGAAGGGAGAUAUUUUUUACUAAUUGUUGGGCUGCGACAUUCUAUGUUGUGCGUGCUGCUUGAAGCUGGAGGCUGUGCCUCUAAAGCUACCGGGACCCCUGGUCCAGACUGUAUCUACGUGGACCAGGUCAGAGCGACUCUUCAUCAGCUGGAAGGAGUGGACUCCCGCAUGGAGGAGCAGCUGGCCACACCCCUGGGGCCCUGCUUGUCUUGUGCUGACUGGUUCCUUGCUGCACCACGGGAAAAGGCAGAUGGUCUGACCACUUCGCCUAUCCUCAGCAGGCUCCAGGGGCCUUCCAGAACAGCAGCCUCCCCAACAUGCAGAAGGACCCUUUUCAGUGACUAUUCCUUCAAGGCACGGAAGCCCAGUCCCUCCCGGAGCAGUGAAGGAUGUGAGCCUGGUGAAGGAGAAGGUGUCGGUCUUAGCCCACACACUACCCCAGAUGCAGUACGGAAGCAAAGAGAGUCCAAUGGCUCGGAGGACAGCAUGGCCUUGCUUAAGCUCGCUAGAAAGAAGUCGACACUUCCAAAUCCAUUUCAUUUGGGAAAUUCGAAAAAAGACGUUUCAGAAAAAGAAUUGGAAGUCUGUAACGUGAUGAAAUUGACCUCUGGUCCUGAGAAUACACUCUUCCACUACGUUGCCUUAGAAACAGUGCAAGGCAUCUUCAUCACCCCCACCCAUGAAGAGGUGGCUCAGCUUGGUGGUUCCGUCCACUCUCAACUCAUAAGGAACUUCCAUCAGUGUUGUCUGUCUAUCCGUGCAACUUUCCAACAGACAUUGAAGGAAGAGAGAAAGAAAUCGCUAAGUGGUGGAGACGAUUCAGAGUCUGCAAAUUCCCUGUGCUCUCUGAGCCAUGUGAAAGAACAUGGUGUGUUGUUCGAGUGUUCACCUGAAAACUGGACUGAUCAGAAAAAAGCACCACCAGUUAUGUCUUACUGGGUGGUAGGGAGGCUCCUCCUUCACCCAAAGCCUCAGGAACUGUACGUCUGUUUUCACGACUCGGUCUCAGAAAUUGCCAUUGAAAUGGCAUUUAGAUUGUUCUUUGGAUUGACGUUGUAGCUGUGUUUGUAGUACUCAGAGCAACACACAAAUGGACAAUGGGACAGUGUCAGAAUGGCCGAGACCGGCAUACGGAAAGAAGGCUCGGUGUAUUCACUGUUCAGUAUAGAACAUGUCUUGUUAAUACUGAGAUGCAGUGCUGUUGGAUUUGGUGGACCAGAUAUGUGUAGCAUUAUAUAAGACAUCUGAGUUGAUAUGGAGACAUAAUUGCUAACUUAUUGCCAUUUUGGUGUUCUGUGCUAAUUUAUUGAAUAGUUUUAAAUAAUGUGAAUUCUUUAAUAAAAAUUUAAUAUAGGAGAUGUUUAUUUGGAGAUCAUAUUCAACUAAUUAUUUUUCUUGCUUUUUGUUUUUGUUUGUU